AUGGCUAUCCAAGGGAGCGAGCAGGUGAUCAUUCGCGAUCCUGCGUUGUUCUACUGGAUCCUGCUUCCUAUCACAAUUGUCAUGAUCCUGACUGGAGUCCUCCGACAUUAUGCUACUGUGCUCCUUGCAAGCCCUCCGAAACCGCCUCUUUCUUUGGUCGAGUCCCGCGAACGACAGGCUCUGCUUCGUGGGAUCAAUCUGCGAAACAAUGCCGCUGCGGCAAUCACCUCGGCGUCGUUCAACGCGCGGAAAGAGUACCUCAUUGAUGGAUACAAGAAGGGCAUCUUUCUGAAAGGCGGUGCAGAAUCCCGUGGACAGGCGGCGCAAAAUCCAAUGUCUGAUCCGGCCGCCAUGGAAGGAAUGAUGGGGAUGAUGAAGGGAAAUAUGGCCAUGAUGAUCCCGCAGACCCUCAUUAUGUCGUGGAUCAAUGCAUUUUUCGCCGGCUUCGUCAUCCUCAAGUUGCCCUUCCCUCUCACGAUUCGUUUCAAAUCCAUGCUACAGUCCGGUGUCAUGACUCGAGACCUGGAUGUCAGAUGGGUCUCAAGCUUGUCAUGGUACUUUCUGUGUCUAUUCGGCCUCCAGAGCGUCUUCAUUUUCAUUCUGGGAAAUGAGAACUCCGCCAGUCAAAUGGCUCAACAGAUGGGUCAAAUGAAUCCUGGGGCUACCGCGAACCCCUUCGGCCCCGGUCAAGACCCUGACAAGAUGUUCCUAGCCGAAGCGGAAAAUUUGGAAGUCCACGAGCACUGGAGUGUUUUGGACGGUACUGAAGAUAGGCUACUGCAGAUAUAUGGAUAA